CAUUGGAAAGAAAAAUCACAUCUUUGUCUCUUUCUUUGUGAUUGUUGUGUUGCAAUGGGAAAAAGCGAUAUUGAAAGCGGUGAAUCUCUGCAUCCCGUGAGAGAAGAGGUCGUAGACCUGGUUUGGGUCUUUAUUCGGAAGGUUUACUGUAUCAUCUCCAUACAGUGGCUGCUCACCGCCGCCGUUGCAUUCAGCGUCGCUCACUUCCGUGAAAUCCCAAAGUUCGUACUACACACAAGACCAGGCGUCGCCAUUUACAUACUCUCUGUCGUUCUUAUGUUUGUAUUUAUGAUCCUCCCGUUUGUGUUUGACAUUGCUCAUCCUUGGAACUUCCUUCUUCUUGGGCUGUUCACAAUUUCAUUUUCUUUUGGUGUGGGACUCUCUUGUUCCUUCGUAAAAGGCAAGAUCAUUUUUGAGGCUAUAAUCCUCAUGAGUGUUGCUGCCAUUAGCCUAACACUUUACACGUUCUGGGCAGUGAUGCGGGGGCACGAUUUCAGCUUCCCUGGACCCUUUCUACUAAGUUCUCUCAAUAUUCUUGUGGUCUAUGCACUCAUCCAGGUAUUUUUACCUCUUGGAAAGCCAACACUAGUGUUAUAUGGAGUCUUCGCAGCCAUCAUUUUCUGCGGUUACAUAUUAUAUGACACUAAUAAGCUAAUUAAGCAUUGUAGCAAAGACGACUACAUUUACGCUUCAAUCCGUCUUUACCUUGACUUUGUCGACGACCUUUUCCUUUCAUUGAUUAAACUAUUACUCAAGAGUGCUGCUGCUGAUGAUUCUUGUUGCUCGGAUGCUGCCGGUGAAUGUUGUUCCUGCUUGGUUGAUGCUUGCUUUUCUUGCAGUGACUAGGAGAUACGCUUCAUCUACAUAGAACUACUUACUAACUGUUUUUUAGGUUUUCCCCUGUUCAUUCUAUUUUUCUUGAGAGUUGAGAAGCAUUUUCUUCUGUUGUUUUUUUUUUUGAAAGGCAGCAUUUUCUUCUGUUGUGGCUUCAUUGUUCUUGUUAAUAAUGGGAAGAAGUGAAGAUUUUCAAGAAACAAUAAUUAAUAUU